CAACCUUUUCGUAUGACUUAUUCCCAUAAUGGUUAAUACUUACAAAUGUGACUAUCUUCCUACUUCUCAAAUUAAUAGCAUAUUCUAUUUCCUUUAUAUCAUUCAUUUUUAGAACAUCGAGGAAGAACGAGCCUCACGAAGCCCGUCUCCGCCACAACCACCGCCAUGGCUUUUCUAACUCGAACAUCCUCCCGAUUUUCUUCUCCCCAUGCAUCACCACUACGUGUAGAUUCUCUCCAUACAACCCUACGUUCUCUAUCCACAACCUCGCCUACACCUUAUGCUCCACCGCCUCCUCCAUCGGCUUCCUCCCCCGCCGGCCUCUCAAAGACGGCGGAGUACGUGAUCUCAAAGGUUGAUGAUCUCAUGAACUGGGCUCGUCGCGGUUCCCUUUGGCCUAUGACAUUUGGCCUCGCUUGUUGUGCUGUUGAAAUGAUGCAUACUAGUUCCGCUCGUUACGAUCUGGAUCGAUUUGGUAUCAUUUACAGACCUAGCCCUCGACAAUCUGAUUGCAUGAUUGUUGCCGGUACUCUUACCAACAAGAUGGCACCCCCUCUUCGCAAGAAAGAGUUGGAAAAUGCAAGAACACUCAGGAUAAUGUCAGCCUUAUUUCGAGUCUGCACAAGACAAGUGAAGAACCCGAAAUGCAAGGAAGGUUUUCUGGAAUUUGGAAGAGAAAUUCGUUUUUAG